GAACUCCUUUCCAAGUUAAACGAUUUUUUUUAUUGCUGACAAGAAAAAAAUUUGGUCCCGAGUGGCCAUACUAUUUCCCCAUUUCUCGAAUUCCAAGGCGAAGUUUGUACCGCACAGCCACUUCUUAAUAAGCCUUUCACAUUCAUUUGAUUUUCACGAUCGGUUUUUGAUUUUCCCUUGUUCGUAUGCGCGUAAAUGGGACAAAUAUCUGUCGACAAUUCAUCCAAUAGACAUUAGAUUCUGCAGUUUACGGUGUCGAUUUGCGGAAGGAAGAGUCGGGCUACUUUUUUUCAUUUGAUCUUGAUCUGGGUCAUCGCAGAUUUUUCAAAAUUAGCUUCUAUUUGAAUUGGGUCCAUCCCCAUUGCAAAACCGCGCAUAAAUUUGCAAGUUUUUUGUGACGUCGUUGGAUCGAAUCUGAGGGGAAUAAAUCAGGACAUAUUUUGAGGAGUAAAGGAUGAGUACAACCAUGGCGACUGUAUCGCCUCUUGCCAAAUACAAGCUCGUGUUUUUGGGAGAUCAAUCUGUUGGGAAAACCAGCAUUAUCACUCGUUUCAUGUAUGACAAAUUCGACAAUACCUAUCAGGCUACAAUUGGUAUCGACUUUUUGUCAAAGACAAUGUACCUUGAGGAUCGAACUGUCCGUUUGCAGCUAUGGGAUACUGCAGGCCAGGAGCGGUUUCGCAGUCUCAUCCCAAGUUACAUUCGGGACUCUUCUGUUGCUGUCAUAGUUUAUGAUGUUUCAAAUCGGCAGUCCUUUCUGAAUACUGCCAGAUGGAUUGAAGAAGUUCGCACAGAACGUGGUAGUGAUGUAAUUAUUGUACUUGUUGGAAACAAAACAGAUCUGGUUGACAAAAGGCAAGUUUCAAUUGAGGAAGGGGAUGCAAAGUCACGCGAGUUCGGGGUGAUGUUCAUUGAAACGAGUGCAAAAGCAGGUUUUAACAUCAAGGCUUUGUUUCGUAAGAUAGCAGCUGCAUUACCUGGAAUGGAAGCCCUCUCGUCAACCAAACAAGAAGACAUGGUUGAUGUGAAUUUAAAACCCACGGUGUCUGCAUCCCAAGCAGAUAAGAAAGCAGGAGGAUGUUCUUGUUAAGAGUGAAUGAUGCUUUAUUCCAUGUUGGUUGCUGCCUUUCUGUCUUCAAAGCUCUUGGAGUGUCAACUGAAUGAGCAAUAUUUCAUAUGGUGCCCCAGCAGCAAAUCAUGUAUAUCAGGGGAUAGAAGAUUGGAAUGGGCAAAUUAAUAUUUUUUAGAAGAUUGUAUGCAAUAUCUUGCCUUCGAUUUGAGAAAGUAACUUUAAGUGAACGUUAUCAAAUGAUGGUUAUUAACAUAAUACUCUAGGGCUAUUUCUAUUGUUCUUACUUCCUAGGCAACUUAUGGGUGUAAUUUGUAAUUUACUCUCCAUAUUGCACAAAAUUUUCUGUACUUUUUUUUUUCCUGGUCAGAAUUGAUUUCCACAACUUGGAUUUGAGAUCAGCUUCUUGGAAGUGCUGUUGGAAAUUGAGAGCUCAUAUCAUCAAUUAUCACUUGUCAAUGAAAUUGAAUUGUUUUUCUCUUAAUUCAAUUUAUACUUUCUUGUGUCA